CCAGUCAGCAGCCGGUUCAACGGUCAGACGAUAUCGCAUGAUGAGCACGACCCACCUGAUCUUCGCUUCCUUGAUAUAGGCAACGGCAACCCUGAUCUUCGUUUGUUGACGGAGCUAAGGGGGGAUCCUGUUUAAUUCAACAUUCCCUCGAUAUCUUAUACAGCAACACAGUCUUGCUAG